AUGGCAGGUCCCGUGCGGCAGCCCAUUGACGAGGCAGCAUUAGAGCGAUACUUGAACACACACGUGCCCGAGAUCCAGACUCCCAUUGACCUCCAGCAGUUCGGCUUUGGCCAAUCGAACCCGACCUAUCUCAUCACCGCCGCCGACCGCAAACGAUAUGUGCUUCGCAAGAAGCCCCCGGGCACCAUCUUGAGCAAGACGGCACAUCGCGUCGAUCGCGAAUACAAAGUCAUUGCCGCCCUGCAAAACACCGAUGUCCCCGUACCGAAGACGUACGCGCUCUGCGAAGAUGACAGCGUCAUUGGCACGCCCUUUUAUGUGAUGAGCUUCCUCGACGGACGAUUUUUCAAGAAUGCAGCCAUAGAGGGCGUGAGUGGAGAAGAGAGAAGGGAGAUGUGGCGCGAUGCGGUGCGGACACUGGCCAAAUUGCAUCGUCUCCAACCGCGAGACAUUGGACUCGAGAACUUGGGCAAACCCCACGGCUUCUACAACAGACAAAUCCGCACAUUCCAGACGCUAGCGCAGUCUCAAGCAGCAGCCCAAGACGUCGACUCGGGCAAAGCAGUCGGCCAACUCCCUCACUUUUCCUCCUUUAUCGACUUCUUCAGCCGCGAAUCCACGCAACCCGUGGAUCGCGCCGUGCUCUUCCACGGAGACUUCAAAAUCGACAAUCUCGUCUUCCACCCGACUUUGCCGCGCGUCAUUGGCAUUCUCGACUGGGAAAUGGUCACCAUCGGCCACCCUCUCGCCGAUCUCACCAACCUCCUCUCCGCCUGGACCAUUUCCAACGCCACGCCUUCCUGGCCGCGCAAACACGCCGAUCCCGCUUUUCUGGCCCCUUCUCACCCUCUCAGCACGAGGAGCACCGCCGACUGGCCCGGUCUGCCCACGUAUGCCGAAUGCAUUACCUGGUAUCGACGGGAUUCCGGGUGGGAGAUUUCUCCACGAGAUCUCGCGUGGGCGACGGCAUUUGCGCUGUUUCGCGAUGCGAUUAUUUUUCAGGGCAUUGCUGCGCGGUAUGCUACUCGGCAGGCGAGUUCGGCUUCGGCGCAGGAAUAUGCGGAUGAGAGGGGACCGUUUGCCGAGAUGGCGUUUGUGAAAAUGGAGGAGGCGAAGGUGAGUAGUGGUGGUAGUGGCAAUCAGGCGAAACUGUAGAUUUUUUUUUUCUUUUUUUCUUCGUCGCUAUCGGCUCGUAUAAUCAAUCAGUUUUCUAGAACCAAAAUAAUACAACCGACAUAACGC